AUGACCGUGGUUGGGGGAUUAGUUUGUAGGUUAGGUUUAAGAGGGAGGCGAUGGAUGAGCACGGAGGCGGUUCGGCACGUGCCGGUUAUGGCGGCGGAGGCGAUCAAGUUCUUGAAACCGCAAGAUAGCGAACUGUUUAUCGAUAUGACGUUCGGUGCCGGUGGGCACACGAAGCAGAUUUUGAAAGCGGCUCCUAAUGCGAAGAUCAUUACGCUCGAUCGUGAUCCGGUGGCGCACGAACUGGCGCAGGAGAUGGCCAAGCGGUAUCCAGGGCAGAUUUAUCCGGUUUUGGGGCGAUUUUCCGAACUUCCCGCUAAAUUGAAGGAGCUGAACGUGAACCAGCGAUCCAUCGAUGGGAUGAUCUUCGACUUUGGCUGCUCGUCGAUGCAGUUUGACGAAGGCGAGCGCGGCUUCUCAAUCAGCAAAAACGGCCCGCUGGAUAUGCGAAUGGAUAAGGAUCGUUGCCCGGACGCACCGUCAGCCGCCGACGUUCUGGCCAGAAUCGACGAGAUGGAUCUCGCUAGAAUCCUCAAAGUUUACGGAGAGGAAAAGUUCGCCAAGCGAAUCGCACGCGCUAUCGUGGAGGCACGUCACUCGAUCAAAAAGAUCGAAACCACCAAAGAACUAGCGGAACUCGUCCAGACCUGUUGUGCCAGCGAGUUCCGGCUGGACAAACUCCAGCGGCCUAGCCAUCCGGCGACGAAAACCUUCCAAGCGCUGCGCAUCUUCGUGAACAACGAACUGAACGAAAUCAACUACGGUAUGAUCCUCGCGCAGCACUACCUGAAAAUCGGCGGCAAAAUGAUCACCAUCACGUUCCACUCGCUGGAGGACACGAUCGUGAAGCGGCACGUCAUGGGAAACGUGGCGAACGAUAUGGCCAACAAGUUGCCACUGAAAUACUGCAGCCAUACAAUUUGCCACGACCAGACGGUGAUGGAUGCGGCGCUGAAGCCCAACUGGCACCAGAUGACGAAGCACGUGGUGGUGCCAAGCGAUGCGGAAGUGGAGGAAAAUCCACGCAGCAGGUCGGCCAAGUUGAGGGCCGUUGUGAGGGUGGAGUGAUGGGUGGGGGAGUAGUUUGAGGUAAUGUGAGAAUAAACAUAUUUAAAAA